AUGCAUUGUGACGCGUUUGCGCUCGGCGGGGACUUUUGUAAACAAACAUCUACAGCGCGAUGGAGGAGUCGCAGUGAAUCUGUUUCGGCUGAAACUAAUGUGGAUAAAGUGGAGAAUGUUUCGUCUCAAGCAUCGGCUCGUCGGAGUGAUUCGGUUAAGGCAUCGCAAUCCAAACCGAGACUCAAACUCUUCAAUAAAGUGAUGGAGAAGAGUCUGCAGUGGCUGCUGGACAACGCCAGUUUCGACAGGUUUUCCCACUAUUUCCAGCCCCUGUCAAAGCAGAAGCCUCAGCUGACCGAAGCCAUGCACAAACAGUUCAUCAGCCAGCUGCAGACUUUAGUUCAGAAAGAAAUCUCCACUGUGAUCGAGGAGGGAGACCUGCAGGUGAAGUUUGAAGAGUUGGACAGACUGCAGGAGCUUGCUAAAGACACACCACAAGCUGCAUGGUGAGAUGAUAACCUGACUCCACAGCGUAUUGUCUUUUAUAAUGAAAAAAUAAAAUAAAACGAAAAACACAAGCAAUGGCCAAAAUAUUUUCAAUCAAUGCUAUAGGCAGUUAUUCUGCUUUGAAAUGUGCGUUCCGUGUCGGAAUGUCUGUUUUUGUUUUGGUCUGCGUGACUCCGCCCACUGCCAGUUUACCCAAUAGUAUUUCAACACUCCGGGUUGCCAGUUGCUGGAAAACUCAGCGUAUUGCGGCCAUGGAAGCCAGCAAACGAACUGAGUCAGAGAUCGCAGAUUCAACCCGACCUAAAAAGUCUCGGCAUCCAUCUAAACCGCUCUAUGACCAGAGGCA